AUGAAGGCGAACGCCAACGAAAGCUGUUACGAAAACAUGAAACCGUCGUACACUACGCGGCGGCCGUCACCCUGCGCGUUAUUUCUCGGUGGCGCACUUCUCGUAGCACUAAUUAUUAUUGUUUUGUUAUUAUUGCGAAGUCCUUCAUAUGUCUAUGCACAGUUAACACCGUUAUCGACGACUGAUAGUCGAAUAUCGAUCGACGAAAAAUCCUUACGACCGUUGCCAUCGGUGAUUAGUCUAGGGCAACGAGUAGAAGCAGAUAUAUUACCGCAGCACAUGACAAAUACGUAA